UUUCUCUGAUUCAUCUCCCUUUUCCGCCUCUGUUCUUUACCUGGCAAAGCCAACUACAAGACCGAGGAUAGCCCUUUCUCUCUCUCUCUCUAGUUUUAGCCCGUGAGGGGAAAUCCACAGAAACCCAGACGAUGAGCUAUUACAACCAGCAGCCCCCCGUCGGCGCUCCUCCUCCUCAAGGAUAUCCGCCGGAGGGAUAUGCCAAGGAGGGAUAUCCGCCGCCGGGAUAUCCGCCGCAGGGGUACCCGCCACCGGGAUACGCGCCCCAGGGGUACCCUCCUCCGCCUACAGCCUACGCGCCGCAGUACGCGCAGCCGCCGCCGCCGCCGCCGCCUCAGCAACACCACAGUAGCGGCCCGAGCUUCAUGGAGGGCUGUUUGGCUGCUCUAUGUUGCUGCUGUCUCCUGGACGCCUGCUUUUGAAGACCCGGAAGGCCUUGUGCGUCGAGAGAGCAGAUCGUUCGGUCUUGUCCAGUGUUCAAGCUUCACACCCUCAUCUUCUUCUUCUUCUUCUUUUUUAAUUUUGAUUGCUUCUUUUUCUUGAACUUGGCCCCUCGCGGGUGAAUUUGCGCAUCUCGAUUGCGUUUUUUUUAGCGGCUGUAAUAUCUGAAUCUUCUUGUCGGAAGUGGUAGCUUUGAUUCGGUCCAA